AUGCCCCCCUCUCCGCGGCCAGGGGCGGCUGUCCAUCAGAGCAUAGGUGAGGGGUGGACCAGCAGCCUCUUUUCCACAGCUACGCAGGCGCGAGCGUCCCUAGGGAUCCCCGCCAACUCCGCUAAUGGUGGCGGCGGUGCUGCUGCUGCUGCGGCUGCUGCUGCGGCUGCUGCUCUUCCUGCUGCUGCUGCUUCUGCUGCUGCUGCUUCUGCUGUUGCUGCUGAUGCUGGUCCUCGUGUUGCCGCUGCUGCCUCUGCUGCCGGUGAAGAGGCCUACAUAGCUGGAUCAGCUCAGCCGAAGCGGGCGGCUGGGCACGUAACUGCACCAGCUGGGCCAACUUGGGCGGCUGCUGGGGCGGCAGGGAUUGCUGGGGUGGCUGAAGGCUUGGGCGAAGAUGACGUGUCGCCGGGGGAACUCGCCUUAGAUUGGGGCUGGAAGGCGGCACCUGAGAGGGGGUCGCAUGCGGCGAUGGGGAGGAGGGGGAGCAGUGGCGUGAGAGGGAUGGGUGCAAGGAGCUGGGGGGAUGGGUGGAGUGGGAGGAGUGGAUGGAGUGGAAGGAGCGGAUGGAGUGGAAGGAGUGGGAUGUGCGGAAGGAGUGGGUGGAGUGGGAAGGUUGGGGCCAAGUCAGCGCGGCGUGAACUCCCGGACCUAAACGACCCUGCUGAGGAGACGGCUGGGGAGAGAGGGGCUGCGGAGGGAGGGGAUCGGGAGAGAGGGGGUGAGGAAAGAGGGGGUGGGGAAAGAGGGGGUGGGGAAAGAGGGGUUGGAAAAAGAGGCGUUGGAAAAAGAGGCGUUGAGGAGGGAGGGCUGGACCUGAAUGCACCUGGUUUUGUUGGAGAGGGAAGGCGGUGUCAGCUUGACGUUGCAGAUGGGGCUCGUUUCGACAGCAGGAAGCGGUCCAAGACGUGGGGUGGCCAAGGCGAUGACUGGCUCCUUCCUUCACCUCACACCCCACCGCACUCCCGGAACGUUUUCGACCCCCUGGCUGAAUCCAUGGCGUCUGCUGCUGCUGACGCGGCACUGCCAGCUCAGCAAGGUGCAAUGUUCUCCACAGGGUGUUAUUCGGAGCGCGGCAUGGGAAGGAGGUGGAGUCGCCUUGCACCUGUCUGUGGUGACGAACUUGCCACUCAGAUUGCAGCUCUUGCUGCUGCUGAUGCCAAUGCUGAAGCCGCAGCAGAGUUCACUGCAGGCAUUGGUGCAAAUGUUUCCAUGAUUAAGAUGCCAAGUGUUGGGAACUCACUCGACAAACUUCCAGAGCAGCAUGAGUACCCACAGCCAGGGGUUGUCAGCCCGCUCGCCCAAAAAGUUGCAGAACUGCUUGACAACAGACCGUUUUUUGUGAGCGGGCCUGAUGAUGAUUGUAGCUUGCUGGCUCCCUGGAGUGAAAGCCAAGGGAUGGAUAGGGCUUGGCAAGGGGUUGGAGGAGGGGUUGAGAAUAAGUUUAAGUGCAGCAGGUGCGACAGGGCGUUCCAUACAGGCCAGGCUCUGGGGGGGCAUAUGCGGAAGCACUACGCAAAGAAGUAA